AAACGCCGAGCAUGCGCGCACUGAAUAUAGCAUGACGUCAUUAUUGUGCGCCAGCGCAGAAGAUGGCGAGCGGUAAAAAGAAUGCUAUUCUCACUUCACUAGCGGCUUAUGGAGAUGAUUCUGAGCAGGAUUCAGAUCCAGACACAGAUGAUCAAGAAUCUCAUGGUGGAUUGGUGUGGGCUGGUUACGGAGAGGAAGAUGUGAGUCGUGUGGAGGAGGCAGAUGAGAAGCCCUCUGGGAAUGAGGACAGUGAUGGUGACAGCACCAGAAAUUCGGAAGAGGAGGAGUCCGACUCGGGGCGGACCCAAGAUGAUGUGAAGGAUGUCACUGAAGUGGAGGUUAAAGACCCCAAUGAGCUUGUUGCACAGUUUUCGGAGAAGGUUCGGAAUAUGUCUCCAGAUGAGAUCAGAAUUCCUCCUGAACCUCCCGGGCGUUGUUCCAGUCAUCUGCAGGAAAAGAUCUUUAAACUUUACGAGCGGAAGCUUCACGGAGACUUUGAUACAAACAGCCAUAUUCAAAAGAAGAAAGAGUUUCGCAAUCCAAGUAUUUAUGAGAAGCUUAUCCAGUUCUGUGGUAUUGACGAACUCGGAACCAAUUAUCCAAAAGACAUGUUUGAUCCCCAUGGUUGGUCAGAGGAUUCGUAUUAUGAGUCACUAGCCAAAGCUCAGAAAGUGGAGAUGGAUAAGCUGGAAAAAGCUAAAAAGGAAAAGACCAAGAUUGAAUUUGUGACGGGCACCAAAAAAGGUACCACUACUAAUGCAGCAGCUUUGGCCACGAACACAACUGCCUCUUCCACAGCAGAUGCUCAGAAGAGGAAGAGCAAGUGGGACUCCGCAGUACCAGUGACCCUGGCACAACCCACCCUCCUCACCACCACAGCCACCCUCCCUGGAGUCGUCUCUGUGACCACAACAGCCAGCGGCACCAAGACCACAGUCAUCUCUGCAGUGGGAACCAUUCUCAAAAAAGCUAAGCAAUGACACAAAAAAGGCUGGGGGAUUUCACUUCAGUUUGCCAGAUGAAAUGAAUGGCUGUUGUACAUGUAAACAUAAUAAGCUCUGCUGUUUUUGCUUGAGCAACAGUUGGUUUUAACAGUCUGGCAACUGGAAUAGAUGGUGUUUUCUCUUUUUCAGAAAGUGGACAAUUCUAGAUGUAGCUUAUAUUAGACAUCUCUGUUUUGUUGUUUUGACUUGCUGUUUCAAAUGCAUUUAUCUGAUGGCUGAUUCUUUGUUUUAAACUUCUUGGUUGUCUUUGCUCAGAUGGUUUCCAUUGAAGUCAUGAUUCUUGUAUGUAAAAACGAUCAUAUCUGUCUGUUGCAGUGAAGUCAUCUAAACUUUCAUGUCCAACGUAUGAAAACUGAAACUUACAAUCAUUUAUUGCUUAUAAGCGAAUUUGAUUUUUCUCUUAAAUAAUCGUUCAGUGUUUGAUGGAUACUCAGUCCGGUCUCUCUACUAUCAGUGUUUCCAUUUUAAUGCUUUGGAUAGGUCAUGUCACAUAGAA